UACAAACCCAACACACUCGUGUCGUCUCGUAUAAACAAACAACUGCAGCCGCGGCCUGUUUUACUGGUCACUCGCAACUCUAUGUACUACGGUACUACGUCCGCGUUCAGCAUUCAGCACAGCCACGCAUAAACAGUCGCACGUUACGUUUUUUGUUUUUUUUUAACUUCAACAAGUUCAAACAUUCAGACCGACGUUCAGGUUCCAGACRAUCGACAUUUAUAAUCACCGUCGAGGUGCAUCUAACGAUUAACCAAGCGCGCCGACAGACCGGAGACGACGAUCACUUCAUCGUAACAAAACCGCCGUCACACCAUCAUCAUUACCGCCGUUAUGUCUGAAGUAGCCGCCGAGAACAACGUGCCCUCAGUUCAGGAAGGUGAGAAGCGUGGACGUAAGAGAAAUACUGGAAGUCGUACAAAUGCAAUAAAUGCAACUUAUGCUGAAGCUGAACUGAUAACCAAGGGAUUGAAUAUUGAAGAUAUUGAUGGAAGGAGAACAACCAGAUCCUCUACACGAGGCUCAACUGCAGCAUCAAAGUUAAAAAAUGAACCUCCAGCAAAAAAAGAGAAAAAAACACCUGCUGUUAAAGGUAAACGAGGAAGGCCAAAGGCAGUCUCAAAAGAAGAAAGUGAAGAUGUUGUAUCAGCUGAAGAAAAUGGUGUGGCUGAUAAUGACAUUGACUCUAAAGCUGAGAAGGGUGGAAGUUCCACAGAAGAAGAAGUAGAUUCUAAAACUGAAGAUAAAAUUGAAAAUGGAAAUUCAUCAGCAGAAGAAGAGAAGAAAGUUGAAGAAAAAAAGGAAACAACUGAUGAAUCUGAUAAGCCUGCAGCAACAGAGGAAAAUAAAGAGUCUUCAAGCCCGUAAGAUACGAAUCAAAAUGCUAAAAUACUUUAGUGUUUAAUAAGUUUAGUGUUAAGCAAGAUAUUUAAUACUUAAAUUUAUUCUGAUAAUUAUUAUCAUGAUUUUGGUACAAGUUUAUUUUAAUUUAGUAACUACACUUUUUUUUAUAACUAGCCUAUCCUGGUGAUAGGCUUUGAAUUAAUUCUGGACAAUUGAAUUUCAUCCCAUGUAAUAAAAAUAGUUAACAAAUACUUUUCAUGUAAGAAAAAAACAUUGCAUACUGAUUAUGUUACCAUUAUGUGUAUUGUCAUUAUUGGCAAACUUCCUAUCAAAGUUAUUUUGUAUUGGAUUUAAUCUGUCCGAUUAAUUUAAAUAAUUUUUAUUCACAAUAACAUUUACUUAUAUCUUUGUAUGUAACAAAAAAAAAAAUUAUUUAAAAUAAAAUAGAUAAUUUUGUUU